UGGUCUAUAAAUGGGUAUGUUUAGUAUUACAAAGCACACGCCAACACAAGAAACAUCCAUGAAAAGAAAUGACCGACAAAAAGUGAAGAGAAAAUACAUUUGAACUACCUCAAUAACAUAGCACCACAGUCCACGGUUGAUGGAACCAAAAGUGCACACGAGUGGGAAGAGGGUCUUUUCUUUUUUUCUGUGGUUUGCGUAACAAGGCCAGUUGUUGUCUACCCAUGAUUCAAGCAAAUGCACUUGCACAUAAUAGUGUUAAACUCCCAAUAGUUUGUGCAUAGUUUUGUUUGAUUGUUUUCUACUAUUCUUUCUUGCCCUUCAUGGGCAGGCAAUGAGCACGCAAAGAGAUUGAUAUGUAGGGACGCAUAAAGUUCUUAGUCUUGACUUUUGCCUAAUGAAUGGAAUGAACAUAUAUAUAUGUGUGUGUGUGUGUGUGUGUGUGUGAUUAUAAGUAAAUCUACCAGUAUCUAAUUUCAUAUUGGUUAAAAACUAUGCAGGCAACACUAUUUCCUUCCCAUGAAAAAGUUUGAUUCUUUCUUUUUUUUUUGCUUUCUUCCCUUUCUGAAGAUCAAGAAACUCUUUACUAGCUCCCAAGAAGAGGCUCUAGAAAGUGUUUUUUCUCAUGGAAUCACAGAGGAAAGAAGUUAGUAAUCGACCAUGUCUGGAUACUCGAGAACUUGUUGAAGAAGAGGAAGAUGGAGAUGUGAAAGAUCAAGAACAAGAAGAAGAAAAGGGUAAUCCAUCUCUUCUGUUGGAUCUAGAGCUGAUUAGUAGUGAUACGGAACAUGGUUUCAGUCAAGAACUCAACCUUAUUGAUUGUUUCGAUGUGGAUUCGUCAGAUACUCCUCAAGCUAAUACUGAUGUGGAGCAAAGAAUUUUCUCAUGCAACUAUUGUCAGAGGAAAUUCUAUAGCUCACAAGCACUGGGAGGACACCAAAAUGCCCACAAGAGAGAGAGAACAUUAGCUAGAAGAGGACAAAAAAUAAAUAAUCAUGUAGCAUCUGCUUUUGGUCACACUUACUUACACCACCAUUACUAUACAAGCAUGGCUGCUCUCCCUCUGCAUGGUAGAUCUCUUGGAAUUAAAGUGCACUCAAUGAUCCAUAAGCCUUGUCAUAUAUCUUUCUCUAAUGGGUUAACUGGAAAGAUGUCUGGAUAUGGCGGUUGGUCUAGGCCCCUUAUUGAUAAAAAACCAGCUAUCGGAAAGCUGCCAACGGUGGAAUAUAAUGUAAAUGCAACAAUAGCACCAGCGCCUCCGCGUGCCGGUAGAUUCAACUUAGAGAAGUCUGAUAGUUCUGCAGCAGAUGAAGGAAUCGGUAACUAUUGUCAUUUUAAGUGUCAUCAAGAUGAGUUGCAGAAGCUUGACUUGUCCCUUAAGCUCUAAUUGCAUUUUUACUCGUUGUAUGUUUUAGUGGAAAUUAUGUAAAUCUCAUUAUAGAAUGUUUAAAGAGUUUGUUGUUUUAGGUAAAUGUCUCUUCCAAUUAAAUCCAAUAAUUUGCAUCUACAAGUUUAGUAUGAUGAAGAACAUCUUUAACUUCAAUAAAGUCUCAAAUUCAAAUCCA